AUGGACUUCUACAUGAGUAAAGCAGCCCGCGCCUUGGUGAACGAGCGCCUGAUGAGAGGCGAGUGGACGUCCUCGGGCAGAUACUGCCGGGUAGUUGACCAACCCAACACUGUCUGUGCUGCGUGCAAGCAGCGGUCUGCCGAUUACCGGCAGUCGAAGAAGGGCGGAGAUUCUAGCAACACCAAGGCUUGCAGCAGCAAGGCCACCUCUGCCAAAGCCAAAGGCACCGCCGCCACUGGCGGUGUGUUGGCAGGCAGGGUCGAGAAGAACUCGAAGAAGAAGAAGAAUUACGAACCUCCAGUACUAGGAUUCUACAGAUGA